CCACUGAGAUAAGAGACUGCCAGACUCUUCUUUCUAAACCCAGCACCCAGCACAGAACCUGGCACACAAUAAGGGCUCUUGUUGUACAUGGAGGAUGACUGAAAAAGCGAAUGGCAUGAAGAGCUCCCCAGCCAAUAAUCACAACCAUCACGCAGCCCCUGCCAUCAAGGCCAAUGGCAAAGAUGACCACAGGACAAGCAGCAGGCUACACUCUGCAGCUGACGAUGACACCUCCUCAGAACUGCAGAGACUGGCAGACUUGGAUGCCCCACAGCGGGGAAGGGGUGGCUUCCGCAGGAUAGUUCGCCUGGUGGGGGUCAUCAGAGAGUGGGCCAACAAGAAUUUCCGAGAAGAGGAACCUAGGCCUGACUCAUUCCUCGAGCGUUUUCGUGGGCCUGAGCUCCAGACUGUGACGACACAGCAGGGGGAUGGCAAAGGCCACAAGGAUGGCGAGGACAAAGGAACCAAGAAGAAAUUUGAACUAUUUGUUUUGGACCCAGCUGGGGAUUGGUACUACCACUGGCUGUUUGUCAUUGCCAUGCCUGUCCUUUACAACUGGUGCCUGCUGGUGGCCAGAGCCUGCUUCAGUGACCUACAGCAAGGCUACUACCUGGUGUGGUUGGUGCUGGACUACGUCUCAGAUGUGGUCUACAUUGCAGACCUCUUCAUCCGAUUGCGCACAGGUUUUCUGGAGCAGGGGCUGCUGGUCAAAGAUACCAAGAAACUGCGGGACAACUACAUCCACACCCUGCAGUUCAAGCUGGAUGUGGCUUCCAUCAUCCCCACUGACCUGAUCUAUUUUGCUGUGGGCAUUCACAGCCCAGAGGUGCGAUUCAACCGCCUGCUGCACUUUGCCCGCAUGUUUGAGUUCUUUGACCGGACAGAGACACGCACCAGCUACCCUAACAUCUUCCGCAUCAGCAACCUUGUCCUCUAUAUCUUGGUCAUCAUCCACUGGAAUGCCUGCAUCUAUUAUGCCAUCUCCAAAUCCAUAGGCUUUGGGGUUGACACCUGGGUUUACCCCAACAUCACUGACCCUGACUAUGGCUACCUGGCUAGGGAAUACAUCUAUUGCCUUUACUGGUCCACACUGACCCUCACCACCAUUGGGGAGACACCACCCCCUGUAAAGGAUGAGGAGUACCUAUUUGUCAUCUUUGACUUCCUGAUUGGUGUCCUCAUCUUUGCCACCAUCGUGGGAAAUGUGGGCUCCAUGAUCUCCAACAUGAAUGCCACCCGGGCAGAGUUCCAGGCUAAGAUCGAUGCCGUGAAACACUACAUGCAGUUCCGAAAGGUCAGCAAGGAGAUGGAAGCCAAGGUCAUUCGGUGGUUUGACUAUUUGUGGACCAAUAAGAAGACAGUAGAUGAGCGGGAAGUUCUCAAGAACCUGCCAGCCAAGCUCAGGGCUGAGAUAGCCAUCAACGUCCACCUGUCCACACUCAAGAAAGUGCGCAUCUUCCAUGAUUGUGAGGCUGGCCUGCUGGUAGAGCUGGUACUGAAACUCCGUCCUCAGGUCUUCAGUCCUGGGGAUUACAUUUGCCGUAAAGGGGACAUUGGCAAGGAGAUGUACAUCAUUAAGGAGGGCAAGCUGGCAGUGGUGGCUGAUGAUGGUGUGACUCAGUAUGCCCUUCUCUCUGCUGGAAGCUGCUUUGGAGAGAUUAGUAUCCUUAAUAUUAAGGGCAGUAAAAUGGGAAAUCGACGCACGGCUAAUAUUCGCAGCCUGGGCUACUCAGAUCUCUUCUGCUUGUCCAAGGAUGAUCUAAUGGAAGCAGUGACUGAAUACCCUGAUGCCAAGAAGGUUCUAGAAGAGAGGGGUCGGGAGAUCCUCAUGAAGGAGGGGCUGCUGGAUGAGAAAGAAGUGGGAACCAGCAUGGAGGUGGACGUGCAGGAGAAGCUAGUGCAGCUGGAGACCAACAUGGAAACCUUGUACACUCGCUUUGGCCGCCUGCUGGCUGAGUACACGGGGGCCCAGCAGAAGCUCAAGCAGCGCAUAACGAUUUUGGAGACCAAGAUGAAACAGAACAAUGAAGAUGACUACUUGUCUGAUGGGAUGUACAGCCCCGAGCCAGCUGCUGCUAACAAGCCAUAACGCCUGGGGCCCAACUGCCUCUCCAUCCUUGGCCUUGAUCCCAGGAGCUAAAGGAGCUAUUUAGAUCUCCUGAUUUAUAUGAAUUACCUUCAUGUCCCCUGAAUUCUCUCCAAAACCUCUCCGACCCCAGGUUUUUGGCCUAAACAUCCAAGAUUCUGCCUCCAA